UUCGACAGUAUUCAGCAUUGAGACAUGAUAAAAGGAGUGUUUUAGUAAUAAAAUUCAUCACUUUUUCUCUGUUUGAAACGAAUAGAAGAUAAUAAUAAUAAUAAUUAACUACAAAAUAACGAUCUUUUAUUACAAUAUUUAUAAAUUAUCUAAAGAAUUUUUGUUAAUUUAAAAUUUUUUUAAAAGGAUUUUAAUCUUUGAAAAAAAAAACAUGGAGAACAUUCUUCGUUUUGCCGUUAAAUCAUCGACACGUAUGAUUUGUUCAACAAAACAAAAAUUACAACAACAGCAACAAAAUUUUAUUCGUCAAUUCACGUCACAAGAAAUUUUUCAACGUGAAGAUAAAUAUGGUGCACAUAAUUAUCAUCCAUUACCUGUUGCAUUAUGUCGUGCUGAAGGUGUAUUUAUGUGGGAUAUGGAGGGUAAAAGAUAUUUUGAUUUUCUCAGUGCAUAUUCAGCUGUAAAUCAAGGUCAUUGUCAUCCAAGAAUUUAUAAAGUCCUCGUUGAACAGGCAAAAAUAUUGACAUUAACAUCGCGAGCAUUUUAUUCCGAUGUUCUUGGUGAAUUUGAAGAAUUUGUCACCAAACUCUUUGGAUACGACAAAUGGCUACCAAUGAAUACUGGUGUCGAGGGUGGUGAGACUGCUUGUAAAUUAUCACGUAAAUGGGGCUACACAAAAAAAGGGAUACCUGAAAAUCAGGCAAAAAUUAUUUUUGCCGAAGGUAAUUUUUGGGGUAGAACAUUGAGUGCUGUAUCAUCGAGUACAGAUCCAUCGAGUUACAGUGGAUUUGGUCCAUUUAUGCCUGGAUUCGAAAUAAUUCCAUAUGACGAUUUAGUGGCAUUGGAAAAAGUAUUACAGGAUCCAAAAGUUUGUGCCUUUAUGGUUGAGCCAAUUCAAGGUGAAGCUGGAGUUGUUGUUCCAAAAGACGGUUAUUUGAAAAAAGUACGUGAACUCUGUACAAAAUACAAUGUUUUAUGGAUUGCCGACGAAGUACAAACGGGAUUAUGUCGUACUGGUAAACGUUUAGCAGUCGAUCAUGAAUCAGUGAAACCAGAUAUUUUAAUAUUAGGUAAAGCACUGUCAGGUGGUUUUUAUCCAGUUUCUGGUGUAUUGGCUGAUGAUUCAGUGAUGUUGUCGAUACGUCCUGGUGAACAUGGUUCAACAUAUGGUGGUAAUCCAUUGGGUUGUAAAAUUGCCCUUGAAGCGUUAAAAGUACUUGAAGAGGAGCAUCUUGCUGAGAAUGCUGAAAAAUGUGGUAAAUUAUUGCGUAAUGAAUUGGAAAAAUUACCAAACAAUAUUGUUGAAAUUGUACGCGGUAAGGGUUUACUUAAUGCAAUUGUUAUUAAUGAAAAAUAUGAUGCAUGGAAAAUUUGUCUUCAAUUAAAGGAAAAUGGUUUAUUGGCAAAACCAACGCACAAUCAUAUUAUUAGAUUGGCACCGCCAUUAGUUAUUAAUGAGAAACAAAUUUAUGAAUGUACAAAUAUUAUUAAGAAUGUUGUAUUAAAUUAUGCAAAGUAAAAUAA